AUGGGCCAGGACGCCAAUAGCGGCCUUCACGGCAAGUCGGAGGCCAAUGAUGCCCACCAUAGGCGCGGUUAUCAGGCCUGUGAUCCAUGCCGCAAACGCAAGGUCAAGUGCGACUUAGGAAGCGUUGACAACCCAAGGCCUCCACCUUGUGUUCGGUGCCGUCGCGAAAGUAAACGAUGUGAAUUUUCAGCUACUCGCCGCAAGCGCAAGACAUCCGAUGCCGCAGAAGACGACGAAACAGAGGCAGAGUCCACCCUGCACCGCGACAAGCGGAUGAUGAUUGGCGAAGUAGCCAAGAAUGAAAGUCCCAGCGAGGCCGCUCCAUUUGCGCCCUCAGCAGCACCCAAAUUCGACCCUGAAUCCGUGCGUCCCCCACAACGAUGGCCCGAGGCUCCCCCCGCACAUCAGCGGUACACACCCAGUGCCCCAAUAUCACGAGCCCCCACGUACCCCGUGGGUGAGCGCACCGUGCCACAGAGCUAUGGGGGACCUCCGAUGAUGAACAGAACUGCGGUGGAACUACUGUCGCCCGCUAUUACAAACACCCACGACGCCCUACAUCUACUCUCCGAAGCGGCAGGUAGAACCGAGGAUCUCAAUCGCCAGAGCCUUGAGAAUAGGUUCGCCGCACGGCAGUCCGUCUCCUCUUUCAACUCAGGGCCAUCGCCUCUACCACAAGGCAGCUCCCCCCGCAGUCUAGGCGGGUCAUUUGUACGGACCCCUCGAUCAGGAAUGUCCAUGGGUGGGUCUACUUAUUACCCAGCUGGGGGAUCAGCGCCGGUAGAUCCGCAGAUUGUAGACAGUGGCCCUCAGAGGGAGAGCCCUGUCAAUAUGCCUCCGUCGGAAGCGGCAUAUACUGACGCCGUUCGAGCCUGGUCAAGAUUGAGAUUUGUCCGUGCCGGAUGGCUUACGGUGGAUGAGGGUAUGGAUUAUGUGGCGUACUAUUAUGAAAACCUAGCGCCCAUGAGCCCAGUCGUUAUCCCUGAUUUUUCUCAGCUUUCUACUCACCGCACACUACUCACCGAUGAGCCGGUGCUUGCCGUCACAAUCCUUACUAUCGCGUCAAGGCAUCUUAAGCCCAAGGGCGAUGGCGCUAAUACGCGAGCGUUUUAUAUCCAUGACCGUCUCUGGGCAUACCUACGCAGCAUGAUAGAACGUCUCUUUUGGGGUCAAGAGAAGUUUGACCCUGGAACGUCGGGCAUUGGUCGACCUCGAUCUCUUGAUUUGGGUUCUCCGACGUCAGGUAAAGGCAGUGUGAAUGGGCAGUUGAGGUCGCUGGGCACCGUAGAAGCCAUGUUACUUCUGACGGAAUGGCACCCACGCAACCUGCACUUCCCUCCGGGCGACGAUGAGAACUCUCUUCUAGAUACGGACCCUCAACCACAAAGCCGGGCCGACAACCCCUUGGAUCAUGACGGAGAACACACAGGCCAAAGAGGUUCGGAAGGAAGGUUUGCCUUCCAAAAAUGGUUGGAGCCAGCCUGGCGUUCAGACCGGAUGUCGUGGAUGCUUUUAAGCACGGCACAAGCUCUUGCAUUCGAACUUGGUGUUUUUGACCCCAAAGGAAAUGGCAAGCUAACUACCGAGUCCCUUGCUGAGCAGACACGCAAGCGUCGUCUUCGUCGCUUAAUCCUCGUCUUCAUCACGCACAGUAGUGGGCGUCUAGGCAUUCCUUCUAUGCUCCCAUUGCCCCAGUGGGGACAAGAUAUCACGCCGACCUCUACUGAUGCAAAUGAUGCCGAUGCGAAUCUUGAUCGCAUGCAAGAUUGUUGGAUCAGCAUCUCCAAGAUUGUGUACCAAGCCAACCACCUACUCUUCGCGUCGAGUGAUCAAACUAUGGAUUUGAUCAGAAGCGGAAGAUAUCGCGAACAAAUAGACCGCUUUCAGCCGUACUUACGGGAAUUUAGACAGCAACUUGACAGUGUCAACCUAUCGCCGGCCAUGCGGAGCGUUCUACUGAUUGAACUUGAGUAUACACGCCUCUACAUCAAUUCUCUUGCUUUACAAGCGGUCGUCGAUCGAUGGACGACAAUGUCCAACGAAUCUGCUCAGACCAAUGCUGCCCGACCAGGGCAAGGAUCUUCUAAUGCCAGCAACACUUGGUUCCAAACGUUGAACGAGCUUUACCGCGUCAAUGAGCAUUACAUUCAAGAGGUCAUCGAUUCCUCCCGCAAGAUUCUGCAGACUGUCUUGGACGGACUGGUCCCUGAAGGCCGUCUCAGACACGCGCCGAUUCGAACUUUCUUCCGUGUCUUGUCGGGCAUGAUCUUCAUUCUCAAAACAUUCACACUUGGCGCCCGAGAGGACGAUGUCCGAGUCUCGCUCGACCUGCAGGAUCGAACAGUCGAAGCCCUGCGCAAUUAUGUCGUGGAUGACGUGCACCUCAGCAACACUGUAGCCCGACUCCUCGAGCUCCUGACUAGUAGUAUUCGCACGCGUUUCCUGCGAUUCGCACCUCACGACCGAGGCGCAGAAGAUGGCCAUGAUCGCACCUCGGUUCCCAAUUCACGGCCCAAUUCACCAUCACGCGAGACUCGCCGUGAGGGCCCUGCUCCAUGGCCCACUAACCAUGAUACAACGUCAGGCGGGGCGGGUCUCGGAUUUGUGGAUACCAAUGGAAUGGGAUCAGGUCAUGAUCCACUCGCAGGCAUUCCAGCCCAGCCGAUCAAUUCGUCCAAUCUCAACGUCUCUUUCAUGCCUCCUCCCCCGUCAGUCUAUCAUAACUACUAUGAUUCGAAUGCGGCCUUCCCGACUGAGAUGGACCGAUCCUCACCGAACCAUGUCGCUUCCUCCCAGGCCAUGGAAAGCGGGUCUACAGGGGCGCUUCCGGAUUGGUUUGCCCUCCCGCUUGAUCAAUUCUUCAAUUCCUCCACGGGUGUUGUUGAUCAGGGUCUUGGUGGCACCGGGCCUAUGCUUGGCGAGUUUGAUAUGCUUGAAGUCUUACUCAACGAAGGCUAUGAUGGGAACGGGGCUAACGAGGAGAACGCGGGGCUAUCUUCCCAAUAUUUGUGA